AGGCGGCACGGCGCUUGUGUCCCCCGCCAUUUUGUGAUCAGCAAGGUGGCCUCCACGUUCCCUGAGCGACUUCUCCGCUUUUGCCUCGCCCGCCCGCUGAUCACGGACAUGUCCCGGGACCGGUUCCGGAGUCGCGGGGGCGGCGGCGGCGGCUUCCACCGGCGCGGUGGCGGCGGCGGGCGAGGCGGCGGCCUAAGCCAUGACUUCCGUUCGCCGCCACCGGGCAUGGGCCUGAGCCAGAAUCGAGGGCCGCUGGGGCCGGGCCCCGUCCAGACCGGGCCUAAGCCAUCCAUCCCGCCGCCUCCGGCGCAGGUACUGGCGCAGCAACAAGCGCAACAGGCGCCGCGGCUGCAGCGGCGGCCGCAGCCGCAGCCGCCGCGGCGCAGCAGCAACAGGCGUCGUCGCCAGACCCGCCGAAGCCAGGCCUCCCCCCCCGGCAGCAGCCCGGGACCCACGGUGAGCACCGCCGCGCCGGCCUCCGUCUCGGCGCCGUCCGCGCCGGCCCCGGGCUCGGGGGGGCCUCCAGGUCCAGGCGCAGCGGCCUCCCAGGCCUCAUCCGGACCGUCGGCCCCUCCUGGAGGGCCUCAGCAGACCUCUUCCACCCCGGCCUCCGUGUCCUCCGCCUCCAGCGGGGGCCCGCCCCCUCCGCCCCCGGGCGCCGCGGGGCCUAAGCCCGGGCCGAGUACCGGCGGCCCCAAAGGCAAGAUGCCCGGAGGACCCAAGUCAGGCGGACCCAAGCCAGGCGGGCCGGGCCUGACUCCUCCUGGAGGACACCAGAAGCCGCCUCACCGGGGCGGCGGGGAGCCCAGAGGGGGCCGGCAGCACCACCCGCCGUACCACCAGCAGCAGCCGCCGCCACCCCCCCAUCACCAGGGGCCCUCGCCCGGCGGACCUGCGGGCCGCAGCGAAGAGAAGAUUUCGGAUUCGGAGGGCUUUAAAGCAAAUUUGUCUCUAUUGAGGAGGCCUGGAGAGAAAACUUAUACACAACGUUGUAGGUUAUUUGUUGGGAAUCUGCCAGCUGAUAUUACAGAUGAAGACUUUAAAAGAUUAUUUGCUAAAUACGGAGAACCUGGUGAAGUCUUUAUCAACAAGGGCAAAGGAUUUGGAUUCAUCAAACUGGAAUCUAGAGCCCUGGCGGAAAUUGCAAAAGCGGAACUUGAUGAUACACCCAUGAGAGGACGACAACUUCGUGUACGUUUUGCCACACAUGCUGCUGCCCUCUCUGUACGAAAUCUCUCACCCUAUGUUUCCAAUGAAUUAUUGGAAGAAGCAUUCAGCCAAUUUGGACCUAUUGAAAGGGCUGUUGUAAUUGUUGAUGAUAGAGGAAGAUCUACAGGAAAAGGCAUUGUUGAAUUUGCUUCUAAGCCAGCUGCAAGAAAAGCAUUUGAACGAUGCAGUGAAGGAGUGUUUUUGUUGACAACAACUCCUCGUCCAGUCAUUGUGGAACCACUUGAGCAACUAGAUGAUGAAGAUGGUCUUCCUGAAAAGCUUGCACAGAAGAAUCCAAUGUAUCAAAAGGAGAGAGAGAAUCCUCCUCGUUUUGCUCAGCAUGGCACCUUUGAGUUUGAAUAUUCCCAGAGAUGGAAGUCUUUAGAUGAAAUGGAAAAGCAGCAAAGGGAGCAGGUUGAGAAAAACAUGAAAGAUGCAAAAGACAAACUGGAAAGUGAAAUGGAAGAUGCGUAUCAUGAGCAUCAGGCAAAUCUUUUACGCCAGGAUCUAAUGAGGCGUCAAGAAGAGCUGAGACGGAUGGAGGAACUUCACAAUCAAGAAAUGCAGAAACGCAAAGAAAUACAGUUAAGGCAAGAGGAAGAACGGCGUAGAAGAGAAGAAGAAAUGAUGAUUCGCCAACGUGAGAUGGAAGAGCAAAUGAGACGCCAAAGAGAAGAAAGUUAUAGUCGGAUGGGAUACAUGGAUCCACGUGAGAGAGAGAUAAGAAUGGGUGCAGGAACAAUGAACAUGGGAGAUCCCUAUGGCUCAGGAAGCCAGAAAUUUCCACCUUUAGGUGGUGGUGGCAUAGGUUAUGAGGCCAGCCCUGGAGUUCCACCAACAGCCCUGAGUGGUUCCAUGAUGGGAAGUGACAUGCGUACUGAGCGCUUUGGGCAGGGAGGAGCUGGGCCUGUGGGUGGGCAGGGCCCUAGAGGAAUGGGACCUGGAACUCCAGCAGGAUAUGGUAGAGGGAGAGAAGAAUAUGAAGGCCCAAACAAAAAGCCCCGAUUUUAGAUGUGAUAUCUAGGCUUUCAUUCCAGUUUGUUUUUUGUCUUUUCUUGUUUAGACACCAAUCUUUUUAAUUCUUGCAUUUUAGUAAGAAAGCUACAUUUUUAUGGAUGUUAGAAAUUUAUUGACCUAAUAUUUGUAAAUGGUCUGUUUGGGCGAGUAAAAUUAUGUAAUGCAGUGUUUCAAAAAGGGAGGAAAAAAAAUCUAGCUUUUUUUUGAUGUAUAACGUCCCUAAAGUUAUGGCAGUGUACCUUGUGCCACUGAAUUCCCAAAGUGUACCAAUUUUUUUUACUGUGCUUCAAAUAAAUAGAAAAAACUAGCUAUAAAUUUGAUCUUUAAUUUUGCCAUUCAUGCUUCCAUCAUAUUAGGUCAGGGAAUACACCUUGCAAGUUUCAGACUCUUGGCCUUUGAAAGGUGCUUUUCAUUUGUGGGAAGAUGUAUGUAGAGGCAAGUUUUCUUUCCACAAAUGGUUCUAGUUUUAAAGAAGUAACGGCUACUGAAAGAAUAGCAAUUGCUUGCUGUGCAUUACACUUUCUACAGCAAUGAGGAUAAGCUAUUUUGAGUUUUGGAGAUGGUGAUGUAAGUUGAAGCAGAAUUGUAAAUCUUCUGCAGGACUAUGUAUCAAGAUUAUGGAAUGGGUUUUAGAACUGUUGGUGGGGGGAGGAGGGCGGGCUGGCUGAGUUUUUUUUUUAAUAGCCCUAUCUAUGACUUUUACCCUGUGCUUGGUAGUUUUUAAAGUUGGGGAAAAAUAGGUCAUUUCACCCCUCCUUUUACCCCAAGACCAAACCCUAAAGAAUGGCUUGUAUUGACUUCUCUUCCAAAUUAAAGAUUGUUAAAUGUGAAGACUUCAUGCAUUACUUUUAAGUGGCUCUGUAAACAGGGAAUGUGUGUUCUGCCUGAAAUAGUUAACCUACCAGAAAAACCUGCAAGGUAGUUGAAAGCAGGGAGAACCAUACAAAUUUGUACUCUGUAACUUACAGCUCCUUGUGCUACUUCUGUUGGGCAAAAUACAGCAUAGGACUACUAAAUCUAGUUUUAAGAACCUAGCAGUUCUCCUUUCUGAGAGCUUAGUGGUGAUUAUAUUUAGGGCUGUAAAUUUAGUGUAUUCAAUUGUAGAUCUUUUAGAUAUCCCUAUAGUUGCUAUUUGGUGUAUCAGUAUAAAGUAGCACUAAAUCUGGAGGGCAUGGCUCAUGCUACACAGUACAAAUGUUACUCCCUUUUAAAGCAUUUGGAGUGUUUCAAUGGUGUUGCCAGUUAAUUGUCAACUUCAUUGAAUCCUUCACCCUAGAGUAUCUCAUGAUGUAAUAUGAAUGUAGUUGGUUGCCUGUGAGUGCUGGGAGCCUGAUUUCCCAGUGUUAAAAUACAUUAGCAGAGGUGUGACCAUCCUGCUUUGACUGAUUUGGCUUUGUUCUUAGUUAACAUAUUUCAAAACUUGUACAUAUGUAGCUGCUACUAUGGUAUUGUUCUCCAGCCUCCUUCUUUCCCCUUUCCCCCCAUGGUACUAAUUGGCAAAUGUGAAAUUCUAAGCCAAACCUUUGUCAAAAGGCUAAAGCUUAGUUCUGUUGUUUGCCUGUGUAUAAAGGCAGACCUUUUGUUAAAAGAAUUUAGCACUUGGGCAAUGGUGAGUUAGUAAGUCCCCAAACAUAAAGACUAGCAAAGCAAGUCUUGUCACCAAAAUACUGGUUGUUACUGGGUACAUGCAAUGUGCUUAAUUGAGGUAGACUCUUUGAUAUUGGCUAAUCUUAUGCUCAUUGUUCCUAUUCUCCACCAAGUUAUAAGGAAGAGGGCAGUUGACUUUUUCUGCCAUUAUAUCUAAGUUUAGUAAGUUUUUACCCUGUUAGUGACACGUGAGAUCUUCUCUCUAGACAUAUGUCUUUUGGCUUGAAAGCAGUCCCAUUAUAACUUGGUUGAAUUGUAGUAAGGACCCAACUAAUAAUAAAAUUAUUCAAAGGGUGUUCAUGGGACACCUGUAGAGGGUGAACUUGACUGUGUUGGGGGUGGGGGAUGGCGGGGUAAUUGGGAAGUCUGCCUGUAAAAUUAAUGUUUCAGUUUAUUUUUCAGAUUACAUGCCUUUCUUUAUAAAAGAGAUGCUGGCACAGACCCUAAAAUAAGCUUUUAAGUAGUACUGUACCUUUGAAGAGUGGUAAAGGAUGCUAAUGGAUAACCUGAAAGUUGUGGCUUUUGAUACCCUUAUCUUGGGCAGCAAAAUUGCUAAACAUAGUUUAGCAAAGCUGUCACUUCAACUGACAUUUGACUUGUCAUGUUAGCAGUGUACCAAGUGUUGUAAACUGCUCAAAUUGACUUUCAAAAAGUUAUUUUGAAAUCCUUGUGCUAAACAGGUGUAAGGUAGUCUUAAUUUGAAUUUAAAUCAUUUUAAAAGGAAGUUUUCUAAAAGCUUGAUCCACAUGGGUUUGGAGAAGGGUUGGUGAUUAGCCUAGUCCAUAAUUAUUGGGUUUUGGCAGUUUCUAAUCUAUUAAUAGUCAUUGUUAGCCAUUUUUCUCUUAAAAAAAAACAACACACCUUUUUCACACACCCUCUCCCCCCCAACUUUCUCAUUCCCUUCUCACUUUUCUCCCUUACUUAUAAUUUUGAUUUGGAUUGGGCUUUAAGAGGAUCACUGGUGUUUUCUAUGCAGCAUAUUUUUAAGUACGCUUCAAUCCUCCUAAUCUUACAGCAUUCUGUAGGAAAUUCCCCCUUAGACCCCCCUUCCCCUAUUCCCCCCAAUUCUGGGUAGAUUUAGCUGUUAGGUAGUAAAUAAGCUUAAGAUGUUUGUACACACAGUCCCGUGAAAUUGUAAUCCUCUUUGCUUAGUACAUUAAGCAUCCUUUUUAAACUUGUAGGAACAUAAUCCCACAGCUGCAUAGAUGCAUUAUACCAUUUAACAUAAACAGAUUACAAUUUGAGAAAUUGUAACAUUACAUCUGUGAGACUUUUACGUGGCAUUUUCUGGUAGAUUAAAAUCUAGAUUCUUGGCUUCUCCUUGGCAGCCACUUUAUUGUGGCAGAAAGUUUUUCUGGUAUUCUUGGACUGCAAUUGUGCAAGUAGUGGCCUGCUACAUAACUGCAUUUAGCCAGCAUUUCUGCAGUGCGUAACUGUGAGGAACGUAGUACCGCAAAUGGCAAUGGACAUUAGGACCCGGAUGUAGUAUUCCUGCUUGCUCCAAGAUUCUCAUUGCCGACUGCAUACAGGUAAGAAUGAUUGGUGUAGGCUGAAAAUGGUGCUCAUCCAUUGAGUCUUCCAGUACAACAUGAGCACAUCCAGAGUGAACCAUGGUCACCCACCCAACCUAUUAAAUAGGAGCAAGGAAGGGAGCAGUGUUUUGGAAAUCCACAAACCAAUGAAGAGGAGCCAGGAUUAUUGAAGAAAUUUAUUCUUAAUAAUAAAAAAGUUUGAAUCCAUA